CACCUUAUUAUAUUUAGGGUCAAAAUUACAAACAAAAUUGCUCCGCCGCCGCCAUCAACCACCGCCGCUGGUGGCCAAAAAAUUCACGAGCUCUAUAUACCCAAUUAGUUUCUCCAUCUGGGUUUUCUUCUUAUUCAUUUUUUACUUGUUUUGAGCUAAUUGGAUUUGAAGAAGAAAAGGAGUAAUGGGUAAAGGAGAGAAAACUUCGUUAGGUAGGGCACUGGUGAAGCACCAUAAUCAAAUGAUCCAGCAAUCUAAAGAGAAGGGUCGAUUUUAUAGGAAUCAUAAUAAGAAGGUUUUGGAAUCGGUAACUGAAGUUACUGAUUUAGAAGCUGUAAUAGAGCAGACAGACGAAGCUCACCGACUCUACUCUGACCUUAAUCCUCCUGUUAAUCUUCUCGUCAAUCUGGACUCUGGCUCUAGUACUGGUGAUAUGAGACCUGAAGAAAGAUUGAAGCAGCAGAAGAAAGAGGAGGCUUUGCAUGCUUGUAGUCUUCGUGUUCCACGCAGGCCACCAUGGAAUACUAGAAUGUCAGUAGAAGAGCUUGAUACCAAUGAAAGACAAGCUUUUCUAGCUUGGCGCCGCAAUCUUGCAAGGCUUGAAGAGAACGAGAAACUGGUUCUCACCCCUUUUGAAAAGAACCUGGAUAUCUGGAGACAGCUUUGGAGAGUUGUUGAGCGCAGUGAUCUGCUUGUAAUGGUUGUUGAUGCUCGAGACCCACUUUUUUAUCGGUGUCCUGAUCUUGAGGCUUAUGCACUAGAAGUUGACCAACACAAAAAAACAAUGCUUCUUGUUAACAAAGCAGAUCUUUUACCCAUUUCUAUCAGAAAGAAAUGGGCUGAAUACUUCCACAAGCAAGGGAUUCUUUUUCUGUUCUGGUCAGCUAAAGCUGCCUCAGCUGCUCUCAGUGCUUCACAAGUACCACCAACGAACUCUCAAGAGGCAGGUGAUACUGAUACAACAAUAUUUGGCAGGGAGGAGCUAUUGGCCCGUUUACAGUCUGCAGCAGAGGAGAUAGUUUUGUCUAGGAAUAGGUCAGCUUCUCAUGCUGAUGAGAACUUGGCAGCAGAUGUUCAAUCUAAAAGUGUGAUGGUGGGGUUUGUGGGGUAUCCUAAUGUUGGGAAAAGUUCAACCAUUAAUGCUUUGGUAGGGGAAAAACGAGCUGGAGUGACAUCUACUCCCGGGAAGACGAAGCAUUUCCAAACACUUGUGAUUUCUCCUAAACUUACUCUAUGUGAUUGCCCUGGUUUAGUGUUUCCAUCAUUCACAAGUUCGAGAUAUGAGAUGAUUGCAUGUGGUGUUUUGCCAAUUGACCGGAUCACUGAGCAUCGAGAGGCUGUACAGGUGGUGGCAAAUCGAGUCCCUAGAAAAAUUAUCGAGGAUGUCUACAACAUAUCUCUGCCAAAGCCAAAGCCAUAUGAACCACAGUCUCGCCCACCUACUGCUGCAGAACUUUUAAGAGCAUACUGUGCCUCUCGUGGUUAUGUUGCUUCGAGUGGAUUGCCUGAUGAAACAAGAGCAGCACGCCAGAUGUUGAAGGAUUAUGUCGAUGGUAAGCUGCCACACUUUGAAAUGCCUCCAGGAGAAUUAGACGAUGAAGCUAGUGAAGAGGAGGACGAAGUUGCUGCAGGGGAUGCUGAUGGACCUAGAAUGUCUGGUUCUGAUUCCUCUGAGGAUGAGGAGGAUGAAGAUGAGGAUGAUGAAGACGUUAAUGCACAUCUAGAUCAUGUGCUGAGUGAUUUAAGUACGUUUGAUAUGGCCAAUGGACUUGCUUCUAACCAGGCCGCUCGUAAAAAGAAGCCCUCAAAUGCGCCCCAUAAACAACAUAAGAAAACACAAAGAAAGAAAGACCGGUCAUGGAGGGUCCAGAAUGGUGAAGGUGAUGGGAUGCCAGUAGUAAGAGUCUUCAGGAAAGCAGCAAACACUGGACCUGUAAACGUUCGGUAGGUGUCAAUGGAAGUUGCUGGCUUCUUAGCUCCCAACUGUGCUGCCUUGUCAACUUUUGCUUCUACGCCUAUAUAUUACUGAAAGCGUUAUAUAUUACACACAUAUCUGUACGAUGAUGGUGCGGUAUAUAUGCCUUAUUUUUCAAGUAGCACUCUCACUAAGGGAGUUAAAGAGAGAGUCUUAUGUAAGCACAUUGAUUAUCUUACUUUGUUUAAAACCAUCUGGAUUAAUGUUGUUCAUCUGUAGUAGAAAAACAUGUCAAUGUCUAGCUUUUUCCUUGCUCUGGGGUUUA